GUCAACACACACACACACAGACACACGUCAACACACACACACACACAGACAUACGUCAACACACACACACACACAGACACACGUCAACACACACCCACACACAGACACACGUCAACACACACCCACACACAGACACGCGUCAACACACACACACACAUACACACACCCACACACAGACACACGUCAACACAGACACACGUCAACACACACCCACACACAGACACACGUCAACACACACACAGACACACGUCAACACACACACACAUACACACGUCAACAUACACCCACACACAGACACACGUCAACACCCACACACAGACACACGUCAACACACACACACAUACACACGUCAACACACACACAGACACACGUCAACACACACCCACACACAGACACACGUCAACACACACACAGACACACGUCAACACACACACACACAGACACCCGUCAACACACACACACACAGACACACGUCAACACACACACACACAGACACCCGUCAACACACACACACACAGACACACGUCAACACACACACACACAGACACCCGUCAACACACACACACACAGACACACGUCAACACACACAGACACACAGACACACGUCAACACACACAUCUCGUGCCGAUGCCACCAGGGCAUCUGCGUCAGUGAAGGGCGCUUCUUGAAUGCGUUGCCUGGUGAAGGAACUUUUCACGAAACACCCGGUCCCGAUUGUAUCACCCGUCCCGAUUGUAUCACCGAGGAAUUGACCGAUUCUCUGAGAAAAUUCCCCGCCGCAAAAGCCGCGACACCGAAAACAUGAGCUGCCUGAAGGUCACUUCGGUUAUCGUCACGAUCGUCGUGGUUCAAACGUUGUUGUUUUACCAUUUCCUGAAGAUCUACCGGCAAUCUGAGGUGGAGCCAAGCGCGGGUCACCACGCCGCCUCCAUCGUCCCGCCGGCACCGGCGCCGGCGACAUCGCCCGGACCAGCGCCGGCGGGGGCGGUGAAGACGUCCCACCGGCGGUACGAGCUGACGCGCUGGGACCUGCCCGUGACCACCAACCUGAGCGCCGUCUCGUCCGCUCAGCUCAGCGUCGUCACCGUCGUGUCCGUCGCUGGACGAGCGACAGCAACAACGACGACAACGACGACAACGGCGGUGGCCACAGCGGUGGGCGACUCCGUGCUGCUCAGGGUGGAGAUGCGCGACGGGGCGGGCCGGCCGAAGCGUCACGGCGGAGACUUCCUGGCGGCUCGAGUCCACAACGUCGCCCUGGGGGCCGCCGCCUCGGGGGUCGUGACGGACAACGGGGACGGCAGCUACGCGGUGGAGCUGGUGGCGGCGUGGCCCGGCGAGGGGCUGCUGGAGGUGACGAUGGUGAACCCGAGCGAGGCGGUGGGGCUGCUGGAGAGGGUCAGGGAGUCGCUGCCGGACAAAGUGAGCUUCUGGGGCCUGUUCGAGUCAGGCCGAGUCAAGGCGAAGGCCGCGUGCCAUGUGCUGCUCAACGCCAGCGGGGAGGUGUGCGACUACACCGACCCGGAGCUGGGCGAGCCGUGGCUGUGCGAGAAGCCGCCGGGUCUGCCCUGCCACUCGCUGCGGGGACACUGGUCCUACAACAAGUACCCGCGCAUCUUCGCCGACGACGAGAAGAGGAUUCUCUCAAGGGAGUACCUCCACGCCAAUCUGCCCGUGUCGCAGCGCGUGCAAGCGGUGACGGCGGCGGUGGUGGCGGUGGCGGUGAACGGGUCGCGAGAGAAGGCCCAGGGGGUGGCCUGCGUCCCGGGGAUGGGCAACCCAACCCCCAGCGGCCACUACUUCAACCACGUGUGGCGGUCGGUGGUCUGCGACAAUAGGCCCUUCGACAGCCCCGCCGAGGUGCGAAAGUGCCUCAGGCACAAGGAGGUGAUCUUCCUCGGGGACUCGACCAUCCGCCAGUGGUGGGAAUACCUCAACUCAUUCGUCAAGGAGCUGAAGGUCGUGGACCUGGGAAAGCACGGCAGGCAGGACCCCAGGAUGGCGUUGGACGGCGACAACAGCAUCCUGAUGACCUGGCACUGCCACACGUACCCGCUCAUCACAUCCUUCUUCACGCACAAAGAGGAGAUGAUCUACACCGCCAAGCGCAUUGACGCCACGGUGGGCGGCGCCAACACGGUGAUCGGCAUCUGCCUGGGGGCACACUUCACCGCCUUUCCGCUGGACGUCUUCCGCCGGAGGAUCGGGAACAUCGCCGCGGCCGUGGACCGACUGCUGGCUAGGAGCCCUCGGACCAAGGUGGUGGUCAAGCUGGCCAACACGUGCACGCCGGGCAGCCUGGAGAUCUUCAACAACUGGAACACGUUCCGCAUGAACCGGAUCACCGUGGAGGCGUUCGCGGGUCUCCGAGUCGCGUUCGUCGACGCGUGGGACAUGACGCUGUCGGCGGGGUCCAAGAACAUUCACCCCGAUAGGAGCAUCGUGAAGAACCAAGUGGAUCUCUUCCUGUCGUACGUUUGUUGAGGGAGGCCGACGCAUUCCUCAUUCCUGCUUGCUCCCCUUUGUCGCAGACGCGACUUCACCGUCACGGCGAGGCGAGCCAAGCCGCGGGCAGCUGCGGUAGGAGCAAGCGGAGAAGGGGGUCACCACCUUGGUUCUUUCGGUAAAGCCGUCACGUAGAAGGGAAGUAAUAAAAUAAUAAAAAUAAAACAUGAUAGAAUACAAUUCUCACGACGUUUCGGCCACAACGCAAGCAGCCGUCCUCA